CUAGAGGAAGAUGAACUGGGGCUUUUUGGAGAACAUCCUCAGUGGGGUGAACAAGUACUCUACUGUGAUCGGGCGCAUCUGGCUCUCUGUGGUCUUUCUCUUCAGGAUCCUGGUGUACGUGGCGGCAGCUGAGCAGGUGUGGAAAGACGAGCAGAAGGAUUUUGUGUGCAACACUCGACAGCCCGGCUGUGAGAACGCCUGCUUCGACCAAUUUUUCCCCAUCUCGCAAGUGCGCCUCUGGGCUCUGCAGCUCAUCAUGGUGUCCACCCCGUCCCUGCUGGUGGCCCUGCAUGUGGGCUACAGGGAGCACCGGGAGGCCAAACACAAGCGGAAACUGUACAAGGACAAAGGGAGCAUUGAUGGCGGUCUGUUCUGCACCUAUGUUGUCAGCCUGGUCGUCAAGAUAAUCUUUGAGGCAGGCUCGCUGCUUGUUUUCUACUUUGUGUACAACGGCUUUGAGGUGCCUAUACUGCUCCGCUGUAGCGAGAGUCCCUGUCCCAACACAGUGGACUGCUACCUCGCCAGAGCCACAGAGAAGAAGAUCUUCCUCUACAUCAUGGGCUGCACAUCCAUCCUGUGCGUCAUUCUGAAUUUUGUGGAGCUCAUGUACAUUGUGUGGAAGCAGUUGUGGAAAUGCUUCUCCAAGCGGUACGUCCCUGUGCAGAGGAAGGCUACGAGUGAGUGUCCGCCUCCUGUUUCCAUUGUCAACAGAUUUGCCUCUGCUGAACCCACAGCAAACACAGAGAACAGCACCGCAAACAGAUCCACCGCUGAAAACCAGCCUGUCCAGUCCUAAUGGGGAGGGACCGACUGAGAGCUCAUGUUUCCAUCUCAAAGUGAAACCAAAGUGUUUACCUGAAACACAGCACCAUUUCGUUGUGGUUAAAAGGACAGUUCAUCCCAAAAUGAGAAAUGCAUAGUGCUUUUUAUUAAUCGAGAUGAUUUGAGUGUUGAAAAAAUCAGCUGUAGAGAUGUCUGCCUUCUCUCCAACACACUGGAACUAGACUGUGGUAAAAUCUCAACAGCAAUGUCUCUUUUUGACUCGGUUACUCAAGAUAAUCCACAGACCGUGU